GCCACGCGUCGCUCGUAUCGCGCGUUGCCGCUCCCGCUAGCGCAUCCGCUCCGCUAUGAAGGUGAAAGUCAAAGGCGCCCGUGCCAAAAACAUGGACAAGCUGAUCGCGGCAGUCCAAGCCCGCGAGUGCUUGUGGGACAAAAGUUACAGAGGGCACAGAAAUCGGUUCAAGUUGGAGCGUUAUUGGAACGAAGUGGCCACGGAAGUUGGGACCACUAGUUUAAAUUGCAGAAAGAGAUGGAAGAACCUCAAAGAUCAAUGUCGAAAAGAAAUGAAGAAAAAUCCCAACGAAUCCGAAUGGCCGCAUUUCCAAAAAUUAAAAUUCAUUCAUCACCAAUUUUUAGCGGAGGAUGAGGAAGGCGAUGAUGACACAACAGAUGAAGUAUUCAAUUCUCUCGAUGAAUCUAUAAAACGGCCAAAACUUGGCUAUACAAUGAGGAAGAAAUUACUCAUGAACAAAAGGAGAACAAUAGAUGUUGAUAUGAACAAAUUGAUUGAAUUAGUCCAAGUGCGGGAUAUUAUAUGGAAUAGACAAUUAAAAGGACAUCACAAUUGGUACAAAUUAGAUGAAAGCUGGAAGGAGAUUUCUCGAGAAUUAGGAGUUACGCGAGACGAAGCGAGAUUGAAAUGGAAAUAUCUACGAGAUCAAGCAAGGAAAGAAGUUCGUAAACAAGGAUCAGAAUGGGAAUACCUACCGAAACUCCAAUUUCUUACAAAUCAGUUUAACGAUUACGAAGGCAACGAUACUGCUGAUGAUCACUUCAAUCAGGACACAGACUUCGAUACGACCGCUGAUCAGAGUAGCAGCUACUAUAUCGAGCCACCAACAAACGAAGUUAGCGUCAAAGAUGAUGAAUUCGAUGAAUUUGACACGAAACCAAUAAUUAUGGAGACUGAUUUUUACGACGAUGACGAUGAAGCUCAAAAGAGCAUUGGCAAUAGUAAUGAUGUUCCAGAAGUAGCCAAAGAUGAGGAUAUAGGUUUCUUCAACAGUCUUAUACCGCAUGUUAAAAAACUGGGGCCAGCUAAGAAGUUAAUGUUGAGGAUGAAGAUCCAAGAACUAGUGUAUAAUACGGUUUAUAACGAAACCUAGGACCGGCUUAAUAAAGAAGACCUAGGGGUGCUUCUUUUGAACAAUUUAUAAACAUAAAUCUUCUCUAAACAGAAAAGUGGAAAACAGUUUUAUCUAAAUAUAAUCACUUACAGAACGGUAGGUUGAAGUGUUAGACAAAGUUGUAGUGGAUUGUUGGUUUCUUGAGAUUUUUAAUAGGUAUUUGAAUCGACUUUGCUUGACUUUACUCCUUGACGUAUGUCAUACUAUUGUUGUUUAUUGAUAAGACCAUUAAUCAAGAGUUCAUCAUCAGAACAAUAUAAUGUUAUUACGUAAAAACAAAAUAUUAAAAUGUUUAUAAAAACUAAUAUUCUGCAAUAUAUAACCGAUGUAAGAGAAAACAACAGCUUAAGUAUAGAAUUUUCUGUGUUAUUUCAUCAUAUACUAUAAUAGGUGGUUAAUCGCUUAUAAUAGAAUUAUUGAAAGUUAAUCAAUAGUUUAUUGAUUAAUGAUAAAUAAAAAGGGGAAGCCGAUAUUAUAUGUAGAUUGUUAUAUUUUAGACUACUCUUAAAAUAAGUGUCUUAUUUUAUUGUCAGAAAUAAUUUUAUCAUAUUGAUUCAACAUUUACACAUUUGUACAUAAAUCUAUGAAUAACAUUGAUGUUAUGUAACCUCUAGUUUCUGAAAUAAUGAUCAAAGUAAGACUAAAUUAUCUGAACAUCGAACGCUUUUGGUCGUCUAUGACGUCAUCAGCUGUCCAACCUUGACCUUUCAGAUUAAACCAAAAUCGAAUCACAUGAUUGAUCAGUAUUUCAGAAACUGGAGGUAAGAUUACUACUACAGAAACAUUGAAUAGUUUUAGUUAUAUGUUUGCGAUCGAUCAGCAAUAGACUUUUAUUAUUUGUAAGAUGUGUGGAAGAGGGAAAUUAAGAGUACCUAGCAAGAAAUAAUUGCUACGCCUUUGUUGGUACUGAUUGUUACUGUUAUAAUAAUCCUAGCGUAUGCUGCGUUGGUUUUCUAUUGAAAUAUUGGCUCGGUAUGUUAAUUAGAAACUAGGAGUUAGAAAGCUAGAUGUAGUAAGUUCAUUAGUAGAAAUUGUUCCCGAUUUUGUUGUAUACGAUAUCUAAGUAAAUUUACCAGUAAAUUAUCCAGGCUCGCCUGAUUGUUUACUCGAUUAACCGUUAUUUCAAACGUCAAUGUUUUAUAUUACUUUGUUUUUGAAUGUUACCUGAGUCGAUUUAAUUAUAGAACAUGUAGAUUCCAUGGAUAAAUGCCAUUCAAAAAUGGAGAUCAAGAAAUUAAAAAAAUCUAAGGCGAAAUAUUGCCAUUUCAUUCUUAUGAGUGAAGUUAAAAAAGGAUGGCAAAUCGGUUAGUCCGUGCUUUUGUUUUAGGUUAGAUAUUGGGUACCACAAAAUCAGGGCCAUUGUAAGAUAUCUUACAACUUUUAGAAAUAAUUAAAAGACUGUUUAUUUUUUAAUGCACAAACUUGAACGUAAAUAUUUUUAGAUUUAUGAUAUUUAUUUAAAAAAAAUUGUCACAUAUUUAAUUACAUGUUUAUUUAAGUAAGUCUUUACAAUGUUUUAUUAACAAAAAUAAAUACACCCCAAAAAUUGUUUAAAAACUAAAAUACUACCUAACAUUUAGCUUCUGUACCUUUUCUCUUUAUAUUAGUAUAUUAUAAAAAGUAAUUCUUUUUUUUUUAAUAUUUUGUAAAAUAAUAAAAACUUUUUGGAAUAGUAUAUUUGAGAAUUUUGACAGUUCAUUUAUAGACAUGAGUAUUUUGAUAGAACGAUAACUUUAAUUAUAUAUCUUAUAAGUUUCUUAAAGUAUAAAUAGCAAUAAGAUUUUUUUCUCUCUUGUUUUACAAAAUAUUUUUAAAGCCUCAAACUAAUACAAUAUUGAUACUUUUUUCAACAUUUAAUUACUAGCAAGCAUAGAAACAAAUGUGGAAUAUAGUAACAAUAUUAUCUCUGGUUUCUAGAGUUAUUAUGUAAGGAAUAUCAAGUUUUUUUAUAAAUCAGUUUUAGGGUGGGGAUAUAAAGGCCUGGUGAUAUAAGAGAAAGAAUUGUACAAUUUGAACCCUACGCCAUAUGCUUAGGUACGAUCUCAUAAGAUGCACG